AUGGGUCGCGCUGCCGCAUCGCGGACGGCCAGUCUCAACACGGUUAAUGCGAAAAAAGUUCAGAUCAACGCCUCAGGCGGCCUUCAAGAUGCUGUAAACUACCUCUUUUUGAGAGUUCCCCCACAAAUCGUCAAAAUUUCGUCUCAAGACAUAAACAACAUUUACCCCACUCAAUCUUCCCCCCGUUCAGCUCACCUUUCGGUUGAUCUGGACUUCAGCACUGCUAUAGAAAGCAUCAGCUCGAGUUCUCCUCUCACCACCGCCACCAUUUCGGCCCAAGACUUUCCAGUCUUCACCACGGAUACUCAAUCAACAUGGCUUCCCAACUCCCCAUCAGCCCUGCCGGCACCAUCCGCGCACCAACUGCAGAGCCCCGUCGAGAAUCAGCAGGAUUUUGUCUUGUUCGACAACCCUCAGCCCCGUCAAGUCCUUAAUCGGUCUUCUGUUCCGCUGUCCAGCCAGCGCCGUCAUUCAUACCACAAUCGCAGAGACAGGCUUGUUUCUUCAGCUGUCCAGAAUCAGCGAGUGGCCCAACUACUCCAGGCUAUUGGACACCAAUCAUUAUCUUCAGUUAACGCCAACCGUUUCACGAAUCAGUUUUACGCCUCAUCGGCCCCGUCGUCUUCCGUCUCCCUGAGCAGUCAGCAGAAUAUCCAACAGCAUCAGCAAGGUUCUGCCAGGCCCCCUGUACCAUUGUUCAAUCAGAGCAUCGGUAGUGUCCAUCAAUCCGCCAAGAUGAUGAACGCGGCAGACGUAGACCUGGAUGAGUUCACCGCCUUCGAAGGCGGUGCCUCCACGGCAUUCUCAUCUCCAGCGGCCCCAUCCGUCAUGGAUUUCAGUGGUAGCAUGUCAAGCUCCACUUCAAACUUGGGCACUGUUUCUCCUCAGGAUUUGCUCGUCCAAGAUCCCUUCAUGUCUGCGCCAAAUUCAUCUGCUCUUACUGCCCUGACGUCUCCUUCCAUUUACAACGAGUCUCCGGACUUUGAUGGAUAUGACGUCUCUCCCAACUUUGGCAGUGCAGACUUCGAGACAUCUGGCGAUCCUUGGUACCCCCUGUUCCCUCAGGACUCUAGCCACAGUGGUCCCGAGUUGAAGCUGGAGGAUUCACCUGCCCAGAAGUCGGAUGACAUUGACUCUGUCGGUCCUGGUUCUGGCUCUGGCAACCGUAAGAAGGCUACCAACUCGCCCACAAGCAGUGGUCGUCAUUCUUCCGUUGCCGGCGUCGGCUCGCGCAAGCGAGACAAGCCUUUGCCACCUAUCAUUGUCGAGGACCCCCGUGAUACCGUUGCCAUGAAGCGAGCUCGUAAUACUCUCGCAGCUCGAAAGUCGCGUGAGCGAAAGGCUCAGCGCUUGGAUGAGCUGGAGGAUCGUAUUGCCAAACUUGAGGCGGAACGUGAUCAUUGGAAGAAGAUUGCUCUCUCGCAAUCUGGCGCGCAGACAUAA